AUGCUUACGGAGACAUCACGGCACCGGCGGACGUCCACCUUCAUCUCGGGCUGCACAAUGACGACAUGCACAUCAAUUCCGUACAGCCCCACCGACCAGAAUUCGAACGGCGUCCCUCACGGGGGUCUGCAUCGUGAGGCGCUUCUAUAUGCUGCCCAGACGCUGUCCCCGCAUCGCCCAGGUUCGGUCCAGGAGGGCUACAUUGGCGAUAUUGUUCCCUCUCAGAGCUCGAAGGAUAGCCAUGGAACUCAUCGGUUUGAAGAGCUCUGGACGAGCACUUCGACAUGGCCUUCAAUUCCUCGCCCUUCAACGCCCAACGGAAGUGCUUCACACGUCGCCGCGGACGCGAACUCCAGCAUUUCAACGCCAACUUCCAACCUCUACGAUCAGCACCCGCAUUCAUGGCAUAACGCCCAGCGCCUCGCUCAAGGCAAUCAGCCAAUCGUAUGUGAUAUCUCUCCAACGCCUUCCACGAACUCGCCGACUGUCGGGGCAACCUACAAGAAUCGGGAAGCGCCUCCUCGUCCGUUUUGGCCAGCAGCCCAUCAGCCCAUUCUUCCAGAGCAACGAUCCCCGUACUCCGAACUAGCCGUAAAUCUCGCAUUUUUGGAGAAACUCAAAGAGGAGGAAAAGGCUCGCGCGCUUGCCGCUUCAAUCGCGCUAUCUACACCUCGCAACGCGCCUUCUCCCCCAUCUGCCGACGUUACUGUCCUCCCACCACCAGCACUGUCCAAUCGGAUCGCACGACCACCUCCCGCUGACAAGAAGCAUUCAGCGGAAUCGCCAAUCUUGUCGUCCGUCAGCUUUUCAUCGAGGAGCAUCACGGUUGCCGGGCCUUCUCCCAUUACAGAAUCUGCCAAUGGCGAACGAUCUGCAGUCCCUUUUGGCUCUAACUCAGGCACCAGUGCUACAUGGAACGUGAGCACUGGCAUUGACAGCGUAAAUGGGACUGGUGGCCUUCGGAACGUGAAGGAGCCGCGUAAGCCCAGCCUCGCCUGUACGUUUUGUAGGGAACGUAAAAUCGCGUGUGGGCGUCCCCCCAGCAACAGUCUGGAUCCAACUUGCAAUCAAUGUGCACGCCGUUCAUUCAAAUGUGAAUAUAAGGAACGCAUAAAGUCGACUUCGACCGCCAGAAAGACUCGAAAGUAG